UGCAGAGGCAGUGCCCAUAGCAAAAUGAUGAGACUACAGCAGACCAGUGAUGAAGGGGAGUAAAUCACUGACGAUGAUUCUUUCUUUCCCACAGACUGUCUAAAGCCACAGGGAAAAUGGUGGAAAAUUCACCAUCGCCAUUGCCAGAAAGAGCUAUUUACGGUUUUGUUCUUUUCUUAAGCUCCCAAUUUGGCUUCAUACUGUAUCUUGCGUGGGCUUUUAUUCCUGAACCUUGCCUAAACUCCUUAGGCUUAACUUACUGGCCUCAAAAAUACUGGGUGGUUGCACUGCCCGUCUACCGCCUCAUUACUAUAGUAAUUGGUUAUGUACUCUUAUUUGGAAUAAACAUGAUGAGAACCUCUCCACUGAACUCUGUUCAUACAAUCAUAGAUAACUAUGCUAAAAAUCAACAGCAGAAGAAAUAUCAAGAAGAGGCCAUCCCAGCAUUAAGGGAUAUUAUUAGUGAAGUAAACCAAAUGUUCUUUCUUGCAGCCAAAGAUCUUUACGCCAAAAACUAA